AUGGCCUCCCCAAGAAUAACGUUGUUGUAUGCCGAGGGCAACGCAUCUGGGAACAACGAGCCCGACCUUACGGCCGCCGACGAUGCCGUCGAUCGAGAGCCCUCGCCAGGGCCGGCACCAAACGGUCGCGAGACGCCCUCGCAAGCCCUUUCUCAGCAGGAGCCGGCACCGGAGCCGGCACCAACUGCCGCCGCCGCCGCCGCUGGCACCAAGUGGAAGCGCCCUGCUACGGAUCCCAACAAGAAAACAGUGCGGUUUUCGUGGAACGCCCAGCAAACCGCUGCUGUCAUGGAGUGGCUCCUCGUGGCAAGGCAGGAAGGGCUUCUCGCCGUACAAAAGAGGGCAAACUUGGCCGUGGCGUGGCGACGGGUGCUUGAACUGGCAAAGGCGGCUUGGGGCGAGGCGGCAGUUGUUAACUUGGCGGAAUCGAAGAUUGCCGACAAGUAUAACAACGAGAAAAAGUGCUACCUGGCGUGGGCGCGCUGGGUUAGUAAAAGCGGCCGCAGUUACGAUACCGAGACGGGCGCCGUUCAAGGCGUUGAUACUACUAGUGCGGAAUGGAAGAAGUUUGCUGCCCGCGUUAAAGGAAUGGCCGUGGCGUGGAUCGCACUGGGCCAGCCGCUGGGGAAAGUAAGCACUUACCAAGCGCUGUGGGUAACGGAUAGGGCCAAAGGCGACCAUAUCCAAGAGUUCGCCGGUGACGCCGUCGUCCCGCCUGCGGCUGGGCUUGAUCCCUUUGCUGACGGGAUGCCUCCUCCUCUACGGCCGCCGCCGCCGCCUCUGGCGGAAAGCAUCGUUAACGCGGACGUGGAUGACGACGAGGAGAACGACGGCGAGGCGGAGGAGGGCGGCGAAGGAGGUGGGGAUGAAGGCGAAACGGCCGAGGCGCGGCGGCGGAGGGAAACUGAUCCGGAUUUAAAUCCGGUAUUGUUAGCUGGCGACGGCGAGGAUUGGGAGCGCGUGAACGUACAGCGUGGGAGGCCGAGGCCGCCGUCAAGACGAUACCCGUCGUCGCCGUCGCCGUCCCCAUUUUCGGCUAACAGCAGUUCUGUCACGGGCGUCACGGCCCCGGGCCUAAGUGCGGGCAUUGCGGCAGGCGUCGCCGUUGCCAACAGUCUCGCGAGUAUCGCUGCCGCUAUGGUAGCUGGGAACAAGGACGGCGCACUUACUGCUGCCGCCGCUGACCUCCGUCAGCGGUAUCAAGAGACGCGGCCGCCGCGCGAGAUCCUCCGGGCUUGCAAGCGGCUACGUGACGACGGCAACGUGGCUCUCUGGAAUGCCAUGGUGUAACACCCCACAGGGUGAACGCCUCGCAGACAGGGUUCAGGGGUUGGCGAGCCUUUAGAGAAACUCAAAAAGGGAAGGCUUGUGGCGUGGCAAGCCACCAUGUCCAAGCCCCAAAGAAGG